AUGAGUGGACCAGUUAAAGUAGUAAAAACAAAACUAUUUAUUGGAAAUCUUGAUCCAGCAACACAACCUUCUGAAUUAUCUAAUCUAUUUGGACCAUUUGGUACUGUACUUGAAGCAUCUGUGAUUAAAGAUUAUGGUUUUGUGCAUUUUGGCACAGUUGAAGAAGCUGAAAAAGCAGCAGUUGCAUUAAAUAAUAACGACUUUCAUGGAAAAAGAUUACGUGUUGAACUUUCAACAAGUACAGUAAGACAUCGACCUGGUCAACCUGAACCAGCUAGUGCUUUACGAAAUUCUCGUGCUCGAGUAGCUGCAAUGGCUAGUGGCAAUGGUUUAUCUCGGUAUAGUCCAGCUGCACCUACAAGUGGUGUUGGUCCAAUGCGUCAUAGUGCAUCAGCAUGGGUUCGUAGUGAUGUUCGUCCAUAUGAUGGUAUUUCAAUGGAUCCUAAUGCUAUGGCUGCUGGCUAUGGUCCAGUAUCAGCUGUCUAUGAUCGUUCUCGUGCAUAUGAUGCUCGAUCAGAUCCAAGACAUUAUUAUGGAGAUAGACGUGACAGUGGUUAUGGAACUGGAUAUGAUGCAUCUCGUGAUAAUUUAUAUGCAGCACAAACAUAUGCUAGUAUGGGUGGAAAUAGUAGUGGACAAGCCGGUAUGUAUUCUAUGCGGGAUUAUCGUGAUAUACCACCACAUGCUCGAACAGAUAGUAUGGGUUAUGGUACAAAUCGAAUAAAUAAAUCAAAUUCAGGAAUCUGGACUUCAUUUGUUUCAAUGUAUGAUCGUAAUCAAGGCGCGUCACCUGUAGAUCCAUACUAUGGCGGAGGAUUACCUCAAGGGCCACCACCAUCUGUUGAUCCUUAUCAGAGUUAUGAUUCUUAUCAAAAAUAUUAUACUAGUAGACCGCGUGACCCAGAAUUUCCAGUUGCAACUGGUCAAAAUACAACAUCACGUGAUUAUGAUAUUUAUUCAACUUAUCGCAAUGAUCCCUAUGUAACACCAAGUGGUCAACCACCACUUCGACAUGAUAUAGCCGUUGCUUUUCCACAACAACAACAAACAGGUUAUCCACCAUCGAAUCCACAAAGACAACAACAAGCAUAUGCAGCUGCAUCAAGUACAGCGGCAACUUCGUAUGCACCAAAUGUUCCCCAAUAUUAUGGUGCACAACAACGGGCAUAA